ACACACAUACAACUUAUUGUGAUACGUUUCCUGUUAACUCUUUUUCAGUUUACCUUGCGCAGGCCCUAAAUUUAGCCGCCCAGAGGGAAAUGGUCCGACGGGGGCAGGAAAACUAAGUUGGGAAAGAAUGGGAGGAAGUCUCCUUGCCAUUUAGACAAACAAUCCCCCUCUCUGGCCGGAGAGAGGUGCUGUACUGGGCCUUGCUGUGCUGUGCUGUGGGCUGGGCUGGGUUGAGCUGUGCUGUGGGCUGGGCUGGGCUGUGAGUUGUGAUUGUCAGUGAGUAACUACACACACUGAGAGAGCAGUGAGACCGGGACAAUGGAAGUGGGUCAUCCACCGCACAGACUGGCCUGAAUGAGAGCCUGGGAUUUUUUAUCUCUAUUUAUUUUUUUGUUGUUUGAGAGCGGGGCAGUCUGUGAGUGCACUCUGUGUGCUGUGUGGUGUGUGUCACCCAGGUACAGGGUGAGAGAGAGAGAGAGAGAGAGAGAGAGAGAGAGAAUUCUCUGUGAAGGUAGACAGACGAGUUGGACCCAGGCGGAGGCCGUCCGUUCUCUCCAUCCUCUCCCCCCUGAGGCUGAGGCGUCCCGCUGGAAGAGUGGGCGCUGAGUGAGGGGUGCUGGAGGACGAUCCACUGAGUGAGGGGUGCUGGAGGACGACCCAGACAGAGCUCAACCCUGAGUGAGGGGUGCUGGAGGACGACCCAGACAGAGCUCAACCCUGAGUGAGGGGUGCUGGGACUUCAGUGACAGCUGGAGGUGGAGACCAAUGCAUUGGGUGAAAUUUGCAGAAAGCUAUCUUUACGCGUGGCGCACCUGGAUAAGUCACCUGUAGAGUUUCGCGGAGGAACUAAAAGGCACCGGUCUCCAUUACUGAAAAGAGAAGCUCACUUGUGGUUCCUCUUGUGUGCAGAACUGAACUAUGCCGCACGCUGUGUGGGGUUUCCUUCCUCUUUCAGUAGCCUACAACUGUGUUUGAGGAUUGAAAGAGAAAUCAGUUCUACCUGUGCCUGCCUACUUUAUGGGAGCGUAGAACACCUCUGUCAAAAAGGCAGCUUUUGAGCGGUGUUUUGACCGUUGACCACCAUCAAUCUACAGGAGUGUGUGUGUGUGCACACGCGCCUGUGUGUGUUUUGGGGCGGGUGCCGCUCUGUCCGGCCCGAUGGUUCUGAGUGAGUGAGUGAGUGAGUGAGUGCUGUAUGAGGGACCCGCCUCAGGUGACCAUGGGAUCCUCGGCGCUGGGCAAGGCAGCCACUCUCAACCAGCUGCUGGAGUCCUGCAUCCAUGCUUUUGAUGACAACGGGGAGCUCCAGGGGAACCUGUUCCCUCGGACUGUCCUGCUAAUGCAUCGCUGGUAUGCCACCUCCACAGAACUGGCUGGGAAGUUGCUGAUUAUAUAUCGUGACUGCCAGGGAGACGACUGCCAAAGGACGCGGCUGAAGAUCUGCUAUUUAAUGAGGUACUGGAUCGUGGAGUUCCCUGCAGAGUUCAACCUGGACCUUGGCCUCAUACGGAUGACAGAGGAGUUCAGGGAUGCGGCAGCACAGCUGGGCUGUGAGGAACACUUCAAGCUCAUCGACAUCUCCACAAUCCCGUCGUAUGACUGGAUGAGGAAGCUGACCCAGCGGAAGAAGCAGACCAAGAAGGGCAAGGCCUCUCUCCUCUUCGACCACCUGGAGCCAAUGGAGCUGGCCGAGCACCUGACCUUCCUGGAGUACAAAUCAAUCAGGAGGAUAUCAUUCACAGACUACCAGAGCUACGUGAUCCACGGCUGCCUGGUGGAGAACCCCACACUGGAGCGUUCCAUUGCCCUCUUCAAUGGAGUCUCCCAGUGGGUUCAACUGAUGGUGCUUAGCAAGCUAACACCCCAGUUACGGGCUGAGGUCAUCACCAAAUACAUCAACGUGGCACAGAAACUUCUUCAGCUGCAAAACUUCAACACACUGAUGGCCGUGGUCGGAGGCCUGAGCCACAGCUCCAUCUGUCGCCUAAAAGAGACCCACUCCCACCUUUCUCCAGAUGUCACCAAGAUUUGGAAUGAGAUGACAGAGCUUGUCUCCUCAAAUGGGAACUACUGUGCCUACCGCAAGGCCUUCAACGAAUGUGAGGGCUUCAAGAUCCCCAUCCUUGGGGUGCAUCUGAAGGACCUGAUAGCGGUGCACGUGGUCUUCCCGGACUGGGUGGAGAACCGUAAGGUGAACCUUGUGAAGAUGCAGCAGCUGUACAUGACCUUCAGUGAGCUAGUGGCGCUGCAGAGCGCUCAGGCACAAGUGGAGCCCAACAUGGACCUCAUCCACUUACUCACGCUUUCUUUGGAUAUAUACUAUACCGAGGAUGAAAUUUAUGAACUCUCGCUGGUGAGAGAGCCACGCAAUCCAAAAUCACUACCCACCUCUCCCACAACCCCAAACAAGCCCCUGGCUCCUCUGGACUGGGCAUCUGGGGUGAAAACCAAACCAGACCCAUCUGUGGUGAACAAGCACAUCAGAAAGGUUGUGGAUUCUGUGUUUAGAAAUUACGACCAUGACCAUGAUGGCUACAUAUCGCAGGAGGACUUUGAGAGCAUUGCUGCCAACUUCCCUUUCCUGGAUUCUUUCUGUGUUUUAGACAAAGACCAGGAUGGAUUGAUCAGCAAGGACGAGAUGAUAGCCUACUUCCUGCGGGCCAAUCCACUGCUGCAGUGUAAGAUGGGGCCUGGCUUCAUCCACAGCUUUCAGGAAAUGACUUACCUGAAGCCCACCUUCUGUGAACACUGUGCUGGAUUUCUGUGGGGGAUUAUUAAACAAGGAUACAAAUGCAAAGAUUGCGGGGUCAACUGCCACAAACAGUGUCGGGAGCUGCUGGUGUUGGCUUGCCGGAAACUUCCUCGCUCUACCUCCCACGGCAGCGUGUCGCACGGGCCGCUGACGCACAGCUCUCUGCCCAGCAGCCCAGCCUUAGCCACCUGCAAAGAUGACGAUGAGGUGUUUGAGUUCCCCAGUGUGACCCCCGCGGGCUCUGAUCUGGAGGGUCAGUCCAUCACGCUGAUGACCGGUUCGGCCCAGAGGAUCUCGGUCCGGCUCCAGCGGGCCACCACCAGCCAGGCCACGCAGACUGAGCCGCUGUGGGCCGACCAUGGCUGGGCCGCCGGGGACGGGGGCUCUCACACCUUCCCCAAGAUGAGAUACCGGCCGCACCGCAAGGCCUCCAAGAGCAAGGGCUUCGCCCGCUGGGAGAACGAGACGACGACGGCGGCCGGGCAGCCUCGGAGCCGCAGGGACUCCCAGGAGCAGACAGAGGGGCCGACGGAGGUGGUGCACAAUGGCGUAACCACACACAGACAGAAAACAGAUGUCCCAGGGGUAAUGGAGGACAGCUGACUUAUCCACUCUGAGGGCCAGUGUCGGAGCCCCCGCCGGCCCUCAGCUUCGCGCCCAAGGAGGCUCUCUUCACUGGGGGAUGUCUUAGGGUGCCUGAGACACCCGUUUGGUGACCAGGAUUAGGGCACUCUCUGCCUUCCCUACCGCUGCUGGGGAAAAAGACACAUUGGAAGAGGCCCAGAGGCUAUUCUCCAAUGGACAGAUGGAUGGAGGGACAGAUGGAUGUAUGGACUAAUAGACUGAUAGAUGGAUGUAUAGACAGAUAUAGAUGGCAAUUCAUUAUAUUGAAGAGCUGUCUGUCUAGGUGGAACUGAUUCACAGUCAGCUUACACCCUGUACUCUCCUGGCGUCUAUGAGCCCCAGCAGGCUGAUACCCUGGCUACUUUCAGACCUGGUCUGGAGACAGUGACAACAGAAAUCUGGAUCCCACAGCAUAGAAGGACUUGGUUGGCCAAACACUAACAUGUGUUUGUGAAUGGGCGCGUGAGAGUGCGUUUGGAGGUAUAUUAUGUACACAUAUGAGAAUGUGUACCAUCUGUUAAGUCAUAAAGGGCAACUGCGUAAACUACUGAGAAGACACUGGUAAAGUUAAGUACAGCCGUUCACUAUCACUGGUUGAACAGCAAGUAGAGGACACUUUGAAUGUUGAAGAUGUGCUGAGUGAUGAGAAGUAAGAAGUAAUAGUUGAAGUAAAAUAGGAUGUGCUAGAAGGAUAUUGUGCCAAGGAAUAGAUAAGGCUCAAGGAAUAUGGGGUGGAAAAAUCAGCAGGUACAAAGUAUGUUUUUUUUUUUAGUGUGGAUGGAUGCUGAAAGCCAAUUUGCCAGAUUGAGUGUUGAUAAUAAUAUUUUUUCUGCCAGUUUUGUUGUCAAACUUUGGAUCCCAGGAAUAUGGUACUUUGUUUAUUGACAAGAAUUCAUGAACAACACAGUGAUGGAAAUGUGUUUAAAAAUCUGGUCAGUGUUGUUCAACACUGUUCCCAUCAUCUAUAUCAUAAAUGGAUUUUGAUUUAGAUAAAUGGAAUUUUGGACAAUAUCACAUCGCGUUUUCUACUGUUUGGAUUGACAAAGACUCCAAAACUCAAGGUCUUUAAACAGUGACUUUUGACCUAUAUCUUUCUCAGGACUGAAUAUCACAUUACGUCUCGAUCUGCAAAAGCAACACAGCGCUACGCAGGCAUUUUCUCAGAAGCCUGGCCAGGUUGGGCUGAGUGGCGGCUGCCAGCGCCGGCUCUCUCACCUGGUAGCCAGGUGUGGGGGGCCAGGUGCGUGUUUGCUUACCGUUGCCAGGCAUCGGACGAAUGAGCCAGACAGUGCCUCCAUCACCAUGGAGAUCCAGGGAAGUGGAGAUAGAGGUGACAGUAAAAUAACCCAUUAAAUGCACAGAAAGUGGGACAAUUUCAAGCCAGAAAAAAUGCCAAACAUUCAGUGCGAUUAAAUCUUUUUUUUUUUUUUUUUAACCACUGAGAUUUGAGUUAUUACAUUUAUUACAAAUAUCAAACAGUGGAGGAAAAUGAUAUUGAUUGAUGGUCAUUUAUUGUUAUAUUUGUCAGCAGUGAACAAGAACAAAAUUGUGUUUAUGACUCCAUACAGAAAUGUCCGAACAUAUUUGUUAAUGAAGGUCAAAAGACUGCAGUACUAUUUUUGGGAGGCAAAUAUGCUGGUAUCUGUACUACACUAAUAUUUAAGCUGACUUUACAUUCAUAUGUUACACAAAAAGAAAUCUCUCUGUGACUGUGCCAUAAAGUUGUUUGAGGAGAAGAGGCACACAUGUGAGAGCAUAUGAAAAUAAAGGGUGGACCAACCUAAAGACACUUUACCUGUGCUACACUAUAGAGCACCUGGCUAACUUGGGCUAGCCAUGUCUUCAGGAUCCCCCUUUGAUGUAGCAUUAACAAGCAUGCUUUUAUAGAAGCAUAUGAGAGCAUUGUUUGGGCUAACAGGCAGAAUGUAUGUGCGUUGAAUUGAUCCCUUUUGUACUUGCGAGCAGUAUGUGUGGGUGUGAUCCUAUUUAUUUCAUGUGUCUGUUCAUAACCUUGAAGCAAUGGUUUUCUCUCUGUCUUCAGUUAAGAUCAGUGACAGUGAUCAUCUUAGGUUGCUACCUGUUUGUGUUCCAUCCCCAAAAUACAUGUUCAUAUGCGCCGCACUCAGUGGAAUUACCUACAGAAUAAGGGAUACAAACUGAAGCAAAGUGACUUCCUUGUCAGUAGGGGAAUGUUAAGACUUCUCUGUGAACAUUCCUCUGUGCAUCAUAUUACUGCUUUUCACAUGGAUACAACGAUCCACAUUACUUUCAUUAUGUUAAACUGGUCUACUUGAGUAUGUUUAUUCUUAUUUUAUUUAAUUUUAUUUAACAUUAUUGCAGGUCAAAUGUUAUUUUUAUACUCAUAAUGGGUCUUCAGUAGCAUUCUUUAUUUUAUUAUUAUUGUGAGAGUUUUCUAUUUAAUCUUGCCAACUUUUGGUAUAAUUUUUCAUUACAUUAUUAUGUGUAUUAGAGGUAAAGUUAAAUAUUUUUUUUGCCAGUCAUAUGGAGAACAAGGUCACAAAUUUCACAUGGAAAAUCUUUUAAGAGCUCUUUAAAACUGGUAAAUGAGCGAUACAGUAUUCAGCUAAUAACAGUUGGAUAGUUAAACAACAGAAACAUUUUUAUUGGAGGGAUGGGUAGGGGUUUUUCUUGGACCAAGGACCCGAUUCAAUAAAAUCAGAUGCUGUUCUCCAUGCUAGGAGAGAGAGAGAGAGAGAGAGAGAGAGAGAAAAAGAGAGAGAGAGAGAGAGAGAGAGAGAGAGAGAGAGAGAGAGAGAGAGAUGCCUCACAGGCCUUAUGUCAGCCCAAAAUACUGCACAGUAGUGCUGCUCUGAGUGAUGUUACUCUUACAUAUUCAGGAGCUUAUUUCGCCUCAGGGUUCUGUAAAUGUUUGACCCGUAAUAUCAAAGCAACAGCAUCAAGGGGCAUCUAGGGUUAAGCAUGUGAAGUUCUGUAAUUAUCCACAUAAGCCACACUUAGGCCCUCUUGUUCUCUUGUACAUUUAUAUCACCUGCUAAACAAUGUCCAUGAGCAACCAUGCCUUUACCAGUUUUGAUCUUUGUUGGUAUGGACUGGGCUUUUUGGAAGUUUUGCAGUAACUGCAAAUGUGCAAAUGAGUUGAGAACUUUUAAAAUGAGAUAAAAAUGUAUUUUUGUAGAUUUCUUUUUGUUAUGAAGUAUUUAUAUUAGAUUAUAGGCAACGGAAUAUCUAUAGAAGUUUAGAAAAAGGUGAAAUGGGACUGGGGGAAGUUUGGCAGGUCGGAACUGAGUUAACCUUUUGCUUCCGGAGUCCUUGCAGAUGCUAUCAGCCAACAUGUUUCUGAAGGGAUGAUCUGGAGCAAGCAGCUGAGGGCAUGAUUGUACAUCCCUGUAAGUGUCAUACCUGCUGCUGUAGAACCCAUAUCUCAAAAGUUUUCUUUGUGCAGCUUCAUAUUUACUCAGAUCGCGUACAUCAUCAACUGCCUGACACUGUGUUCCCUGUUACAUGUUGAUUCAUUAGUGUCUUCUUGGUUCUGUCUGUCCUGCUCUAUACGAAAGGGAUACCACAUAGAUGGUAUGUUUGUUUGAUUUUUAUCUCUGUAACACAAAUCACUGUUAUGACUUUUGCCAUUUCAAAUAAAUCAUCUGCCUCUCAUAACCA